UGCACGAUCUUUUCGCUUCUGAGUGAUUCCUCCCAUUUUGAGACAAGAUAUAGAAUGUCGUUUGUAAGCAAGAUCCAGUUACUCUUUAUUUUUCUUUAUCUUAUAUGUUUAUUGGAUUUUUCCGCUCUCUCAAACGUACCAGCAGCGCAAUGGCCAUCUGAAAGCAAGUGUGCUCUUUGCAAUCAGCUAGUGGAAGAAGUUACUGAUUGGCUGAAGAAUGGCAUGAGUGACAGAGAGAUUUCUUUUCUUAUUGGACAGAGGUGUGAAGCUCUCAACAUUUUUAAUUUCAAAGUUUGCAAUGGAACUGCCUCAAUCAUAAUGCCAACCAUAAGGUACAUGUAUACCAAUUCACUGGUGAUUCAGGGCAAUAUAUGUGGGAUUUACCUACAAGCUGACAAUUGUUCUCUGUCAGAUCCCAACAACAUAAACUGGAAGAUUGCAUCUAGUUCUGUAGAUAAACCACUUGUAACUCAGUUUGUCCCACCAUCGUUAGGAUCUCCUACAAUGAAAGUGCUCCAUGUAGCUGAUCUCCAUUGGGACCCAGAAUAUCAUGCUGGAUCGAACGCGGCAUGUGAAGAUUUUCUGUGUUGUCGAGCUGAUUCAGGAGACGUCGACAAAGCUACAGACGCUGCUGGCUAUUGGGGAGAUUACCGAACAUGCGAUUUACCUUGGUAUUUCAUAGAAAAAGCCAUAGCUCAUAUGGCAGAAAAGCAUGCGGAUUCUGCUUAUAUCAUAUGGACGGGUGACUUAGUUCCACACAACGUUUGGUCAACUAGCAAAGAAGACAACAUUUACAUUAUGGAGCGUCUAAUGAACUUGAUCCAGCGCUAUUUUCCAUCAACGCCGUUAUACGCCACUCUUGGAAAUCACGAAUCUCAUCCCACCGAUACUUUUGCGCCACCUGAUAUAACGGACGAAGCCAUCAACACUGCUUGGUUGUACGACGUUGCAGCUCGACAGUGGGCUCAAUGGCUUCCGGAUGAAGGGUCAUCAACCAUCCGUUAUGGAGGUUACUACACUACCCUUAUUUACCCGGGACUUCGUGUUGUAUCGUUAAACACAAAUUAUUGCUACACGGGAAACUUGUGGACAUUAUCCAAAUUUCAGGAUCCUGCCGCCAGUCUCGUUUGGUUAAACAAGGUCCUUCAAAAUGCAGAAAAGGCCGGUGAAAAGGUUCAUAUCGUGAGUCAUAUACCACCCGGAAACAAUGACUGUUGGUCAACAUUUAGUCGAGAAUUUUCAAAGACUAUUAAUCGAUUUGAAUCAACAGUAGCCGCUCAGUUUUACGGACACACUCAUAAAGAUGAAUUCAAAAUAUUUUACGAUCUUGUUAACACAAGUCGACCAACUAACGUGGCUUUUAUGGGGCCAAGUCUUACAACGUUUACGGACCUCAAUCCUGGGUAUCGAGUGUACACCAUCGAUGGUAGACGCCCUGGCUCGACUUGGGCCGUGCUCGACUUUACCACUUGGGCCAUCAACUUGACAGCAGCCAAUUUGUUGGGCCCAAGUGAGGAUCCUGUUUGGUUCGAGCUCUACCACGCCAAAAAAGAAUACGACCUCGUUGACCUAAGCCCAGAUAGCAUGAAUGAAUUUUUCCAGCGGAUAUUGGUUGAUGACGUUCUUUUCCAGAAGUAUUUCAAGAACUAUUACAGAGGUGCAGAUACAAAAAUGUCUCAAGGUUGCGACGACGACUGUCGUGUAGGAUUACUCUGUUUCAUCGUGACAACGGAUAUCGCUGAUCGGAGUCGCUGUGCCCAAAUUGCAAAACAAAUGUUUACGCAUGAAGAAUUGUGAUCAUUUGUUCUAUUUAGCUUGUGCCCGUUUUGGGGAAACUGCUCGAUGUUCUGAGAAGUUGGUCUUCCAUUAAAUUCGACAGAUU